GUCAGCUGACUUUGCCAAGUGCGCCGUCAUCCAGGCUAUAAGCGUUCGACCUCUGGGCGCUCCGCUCCGACCCGGUCGCCGCCACCAUGCAGCCCCCCAGCAUGCUGCUGCUCGUUCUCGGCCUACUGGCCGCGCCCGCCGCCGCGCUCGUGAGGAUCCCGCUGCACAAGUUCACAUCUGUCCGCCGGACCAUGUCGGAGUUGGGGGGCUCCGUGGAGGAUCUCCUUGCCAAGGGCCCCAUCUCAAAGUAUGCCCAGGGAGUGCCCGCUGCGACUGAGGGGCCCAUUCCUGAGGUGCUUAAGAACUACCUGGACGCCCAGUACUACGGGGAGAUCGGCAUCGGGACGCCCCCACAGUGCUUCACAGUCGUCUUCGACACCGGCUCUGCCAACCUGUGGGUCCCCUCGAUCCACUGCAAACUGCUGGACAUCGCCUGCUGGCUGCACAACAAAUACAACAGCGGCAAGUCCAGCACGUACGUGAAGAACGGCACGUCCUUCGACAUCCACUACGGCUCGGGCAGCCUGUCCGGGUACCUGAGCCAGGACACCGUGUCGGUACCCUGCCGUCCUCCGACGACCGUCGGAGUCAAGGUGGAGAGGCAGACCUUCGGGGAGGCCAUCAAGCAGCCGGGCAUCACCUUCAUCGCGGCCAAGUUCGACGGCAUUCUCGGCAUGGCCUACCCCCGCAUCUCGGUCGACGACGUGGUCCCCGUCUUUGACAACCUGAUGAAGCAGAAGUUGGUGGAGAAGAACAUCUUCUCCUUCUACCUGAACAGGGACCCUAACGCGCAGCCAGGGGGCGAGCUGAUGCUGGGCGGCACGGACUCCAAGUACUACAAGGGCCCCCUCUCCUACCUCAACGUCACCCGCAAGGCGUACUGGCAGGUCCACAUGGAGCAGGUGGACGUGGGCACCAGCCUGACCCUGUGCAAGGGGGGCUGCGAGGCCAUCGUGGACACGGGCACCUCCCUCGUGGUGGGCCCCGUGGACGAGGUGCGCGAGCUGCAGAAGGCCAUCGGGGCCGUGCCGCUGAUCCAGGGCGAGUACAUGAUCCCCUGUGAGAAGGUGUCCGCGCUGCCCGAGGUCACUCUGAAGCUGGGAGGCAAGGGGUACAAGCUCUCCUCCCAGGACUACACGCUCAAGGUGUCGCAGGGCGGGAAGACCAUCUGCCUGAGCGGGUUCAUGGGCAUGGACAUCCCCCCGCCCGGCGGGCCGCUCUGGAUCCUGGGUGACGUCUUCAUCGGCCGCUACUACACCGUGUUCGACCGGGACGAGAACCGGGUGGGCCUGGCCGAGGCCACCAGGCCGUAGCCGCCGCCCCUGCCGCAGAGGAGGGAGUCCAGUCGGAGGAGGCCGCCCACCUGCGCCCUCCCGGCACCCCCGCCAUACACACUCACGCUCACACUCACACUCAGCCCAGCUCUGCGGGCGCCGGCCUCACAGGCCUGCCCUUUUGCUCUGUGGUUUUACCCAGCCCCGGUUGCAGAAAUGCCGCCUGCCCAUCCAUCCGUCCGUCCGUCCGUCUGUCUGAUGGAGGGCCAGGUGUGGGGCAGCAGCCGUGGGCUGGCCAGAGCGUGGGGCCCCUGCACUAACUUGGGGGGCCCUGCCCAGUAGGGCAGCGGCCCCUUGUACAUCCCAGGACCCGUCCCCCCGGGGUGGUCCUCCACCCCCUCCCUAGCCUGCGCCUUAGGGGGCCGGCUGCCCGGGCAGGACCUCUGGACGGAGCCCACGUCCUCUGCCAGCCUGUUCUCUGGGUCUCCCCCGCCCGGCCUGGGGUCCUGCGUGGGCCCGUCGGGGAACGACCAGCCAGGGCCCGAGGACAAGCAGGAAGGGUUGGAAGGGUCGGGGCUCGGGGACAAAAGCCAGCCUUGUGAUGCAUGUGGGGCCAUCCUGGGGCUUGACCCCGUCCUGGAGGGCACUUUUGGGCCCAGGGUUGGGGCAAGAGGGGAGGGGGCUUGUGCCCCCGCUCUGCAGCCGCCCCGCCCUUGGCGGCUGGGAGCCCGUGUUGAUGUGAAAAUACAGUUGUUUGGGCCUCUUU